AUGGAAGCAGAGAGGGCAGCCUUUGACCCGCGUGGCUUAUCCGUGCUGCAGCUCCUGCAAAUCUUGGCCUCCAUAGUGCAAGAGAUCAGCAGGAGACAUCGUGAAGAUAGUUGGGAGGAAGUCAUUCCAGCCGCUGCUGACACCAUGCCGGCAAUGCGCAACUUUUCAGCUCUGCCCUACGCAGCACCUGGACAGGAGCCGCAUCCACAUUGCCCAUUCCGGUGCCAAUUCUGUGAGAAUAACUGUGUUUGCAUAGAGCCGGGACAUCGGAGCCACAAGUGCCGCGCAUCUGCAAAAAGCAAGAAGGGGCAAAAUGAAAAGAGUAACGUGGACAACGAGGCACAGGAAACCAGGAUUGCUACAAGAGAGUAUCCAAUCAUUUCACUGCUGGGAGGCCAAAAGCACAAAAAAGAUGAAGAAAGCGGAAGAUACAGCAAAAUCGGCAGACUGGGGCCGACCAAGAUCUUGAAGAUCGAGGAGCUAAGCCGCAACGGUGCAGAGGAACGUGGUGCACCGUGUGGUAAGGAUUGGGACACCUUGUUUGGAGAAGAUUGCGAGACUGUCUGGGGAAUCUAUUUUGAACGUCCUGAGGUUGUUGAAGAAUCCUCCCACGCGAUGAAAAAGAGUGCAGAAGCACUAUCUAAAGUCAAGGAGGCCUCCACCAAGGUGGAGGGGAAAGAGAAAGUCCUGAGUGAAGAAGACCUCAAGUCGAUGUUCAAGCCGUCAGAUGCCCGACAGGUCAAAUCCAAAAACCAGAUUGAGGAGGAAAGAAAAAGGGAAAUCCAGUUCCCAAACAAUCUCCUCAAGAGGUUUUGUGAGCAUGCCUGGAAAUUCAGCCCAAAUGAAUGCAUGGCAUGGAUCACGGGAACAAUAGAGGAGGAUCCCAAGACCAAAGCCAAGAUCAGCUACGCGACCACUUUGUACUUUCCCAAGCAGACUGGGAACCAAUUUCGGGUUGAUGAGGGAGAGGAUGUCCUCGGAACAGGCUUGGUGGAACAUUUGUCUCAAUCCAAGACCACAGUAGUGGGAUGGAUUCACAGUCAUCCGACAUUCGCCGCUUUCUUCAGCAGCAUCGAUGCCCACAUGAUGUUCUUGCUCCAGUCCCAGCUACCACAGGCAUAUGGCUUGGUGAUGGACAGCGAGAAGAAAGUCCGCUGUAUGAGGCUGAGCGAUGCGGGGAUGAAAGCAGUUUCAGAGUGUAAGGAAAGCUGUGAGGUGACGCAUGAACAUUCCAUUGACAACGAGGCUGCCGUGGAAGAUGUCCCCUACUUUGUCCACUAUGCAGGCAAAAGGAGUCGCCUCUUGAUCUUUGAUGAAAACAUGGUUCCAGAGAUCCUCAACUUGAAAAUUGUACAGCAGAUUGAACGCUUUGUCUCGGAAUCAGCUGAGAAAAGGAUUGGACAGCAAGUUCUGCCUGAAGGCAGCUCAGAUAUGGAUGAAAAUGAGGUUCCCAGGAGGGCUCCUGCUGCUGGAGUGGAAACAAUUCGGGCAAACAUUGAGUCCCUACAGAAGUUCAAGAAUUGGAUGCUUGCUUCCAUGAGCGUUUGCUUUGGUGAUCCGCCAGCUGCUUCCCAAGAGCUCCGUGCCAUGGCUGCGGAGGUGGCUGAUGCCAACCCAUCUAUGAAGCAAAUCCUCGAGGAUCUUGAGCUUGGGAAGGACUCCGCAUCUGUGCUUGAUUUUUCCACCUUUGGGGCAAGAUUGCAAAAAGUGGAAGCAGAGCAAUUGGACAUCCAAAAGGACUUGGAUCAAGCAGGCCCGGUGCGGAGGCGCCGAGGCCGGCCCUUCGGGGCCAAAGGAAAAAAGAAGAAGCAACGGAAGGACCCGCAAGAAGAGUGCGGAGAGCCUGGAGGGCCUUCUGAGAAGAAACAGAGAAAGAAACAAAGAGGAAAGAAAAAGAAGGCCAGCAAAGGAGAAGAACAGGAACAGGCUGUGGAUGUGGAGGGGGAGGCAGACGAGGACCCCAUUGUCACUGAUGGAGAGCUGGAGGAGGAGGAGGAUGAGCCCAACAAAACGGUCACCAUACCUUUGUAUGCCAAGUGCUUGGUUGUGGAGUUUGCCAAACAGGUCAUUGCAGAAGGGACAGUGCACAGUGUAGAGCGUGAGGUGAUGACCAAAUUUAAGAAGUACUUCUUUUCCUAUAAGAGCGGGCAGUGGAAGAGUGGACUCCUGGGAAAAUGGAUGAAGACAUAUGAUGCUGAACGUCAUGAUCGGAUCCCAUGGACAGAGAUGAGCUUGAAGCAUCGCAACAACCUGAAGCAGCUACCAGACUGGCUCCGACGAGCCAUGGGCCUUCCUCCAAGGUUCCGAAAGGGCCAUUCCCUGCAAGUUCCAAUUGAAGUGGAGGCUUGCUUCAACGAUGUGCUGGAGCGUAUGCUUGCAGGCUUCGCCAGGGACUUGCAAGCUGUCACCAAUUUGAAAAUGCCUGUGCUGGUUGACACCGCCCAACAUAUUUUCACUUUGUGGUCAAAGGCUUACGCAAAGCUUUGCAAGGACUCCCAAUGGAUUGACCAUGAGGUGAAGGAGCAGCCAAUGCGGCAGAAGCCGAUAGAUGCCCGCUGGGUUCACCGCUUUCUCUACAAAUGGCAAUGGGCAUACCAGGCAUCGAACACCAAAGGCGCUUACCUUCCUGAUGAUUGCGAAGAGAUGCAGGAGACGAGACAGGCCCACAGGAUGAAGCAAUGUGCAAAGCCAUCCAAGCUCCGCCGGUCUGCAGCCCGCUCAGAGUUUGUUGUGGGAGGACGUGUGGGGGUGACAGCUGUAACGAGCACAUGGGCUGACGGUACGAUGGGGCCGUUAGGUGUUUGUGUGGCAUCAGGCAGUCUACCUCUGGCCUGGAUUCAGCAAAUGAACUCCGAUUACCGUGGGUUCGUUUACAUUUUUGAGUCUGGUACAGAGACCCACUUCAUGAAUGCAGAGACUACCAUGCUUUACCUGACGGAGUUGAUUGGACCUGCGCUAGAGCUCCGACGUGCAGCUUUGAAGCUCGACAGCGAAGACCCAGCAAUGCUGAUUUGCGAUGGAUUUAGCGGCAACUUCGCAACUGCAGACAACCAGGAUGCUCGCCGCAGCCUUUGGGCAGCAGAAAACAAUGUGAUCCUUCCGCUCAGACCUCCUGGUGGAUGGAGUUGUCACGGGCAACCGUGCGAUGCCUUCCACCACGUUUUCCGAAAGCUGGGAAACACCUACAUCGACUCUGUUUUAGGAUACAGGGAUCCAGGUUUGCUACAGGCAUCACGGCCCUUUGAGAUCGGCCUAAAUGGGCAAAAGCAUUUAUCAGUGUCUACGCAGGGCAACGUCAAAGCACUGAUCUUUGCCUGGCAUCCAGAGCUGUCAGAUGAAGAGAUGCAGCAAAUGGAUGUGGAAGCUGGCACGCCAUUCCGAGAGUUGGUGUGGUUGAACUUGCCCAUCCUCAUGCAGCAGCAUGCAGAUCGCGCGUAUUCACAAUAUCAGCUCCAGAUCUACGAGGCCAGCAAGCGUUUGGAAAGAAAGGAGAUCAAGCAGGCUAAGUACAAUGCUGCUGUGGAUAAUUGUAUCAGGCCUCUAAUCCUGAUGCACAACACGGGGAUGCCGGCCACUCAAAGAUAUGUGAAGGAACAUUUGCAGCAGGGCCCCGAUGGCACCAUGAAGCUCAAGGUGGGCUCCCGAUCUACCAUCAUCUUGUUUGACUUCAAGUUGAAGAGGGUGAAGAUUGGGGCUUUGGGGUGGACAAACCUCCGAGUGCUGCAGGUGGAGACCAAGCUGAACUCUUUGGAGAUGGAGGUUGACAAGUCUUUUCUGCAAUCAGUGGGGCUGCCUGGUUUGGAGAUCUACGACAGCCAGGAUUCUCCCCGGGACGAACCAGAGCCAAAUGAGCCUCAUGAUGCAGCAGAUGAUUUGGCAGCCAAUCAGCAAAUGGUGCUUUGCUGGCAGGCGGAUGGGGAGGACCUCGAGACCGUCUUAGCAAAGGAAGUUCAAAAUUGGAUGGACAACCAGGACAAGAAUGAGUGCUAUGUGCCCGAUGAUAGCAUUUGUGCACAGGAAAACAUCGGAUCUGAAGGUGAAGAAGAAGACCAAAUCAACGUGCGCUUCGAUGAACAUGGAAACUUAAUCGCCAGCAUAGAUGAGUUGGAGCUAGUGGCAGAGGGCUCUACAAAAUUCCAGCCAUCAGGAACUGUGGGAGGAAAGCAAAUGGAAUACAAGAAUUCCGAGGCCUGGAAGGCCCUGGAUGCUCAAGGCAUGGCCAGUGGCUGGGAUUGUACCCCGGGUGCCCAAACAUUGGCAGAUCUUUCCAUGAAGGCCUUCGAUCAGAGCGCAAAGCGCUUCUUCUAG